UUUCGGAGCUUCGCAGUAGCGUUUGAUCCGUGAUGGCAGAGAGAAAUCACUCCUCCGGGUCGCGUUAAUAUGCUCCCUGUUGGGGGGAGAAGGGAACCACCGGACCAGGCUCAACAUGACCACCGGCUUCAGCUCCGGUUCCUGCCGGUUCGCAGAUUAUUUUGUGAUCUGCGGACUGGACACCGACAGCGGACUGGAGCCCGACGAACUGUCCGGUGAGAAUUUUGAGCAGAGUCCACUGCGGAGAACCUUUAAAUCCAAAGUCCUCGCACAUUAUCCAGACAAUGUCGAGUGGAAUCCAUUUGACCAGGAUGCAGUCGGCAUGCUCUGCAUGCCGAAGGGUCUGUCGUUCAGGACGCAGGUGGACACGCGGGAGCCUCAGUUCCACUCCUUCAUCAUCACCAGAGAGGACGGCUCUCGGACCUACGGCUUCGCCCUCACCUUCUUCGAGGAGGUGACCAGCAAGCAGAUCUGCAGUGCCAUGCAAACUCUUUACCACAUGCACAACGCAGAGCAGUACGACAUCCUGCACACCCCCACCUCCCCGCCGGGCCCCGCGGACCACCGCCACCAACACCCCCCGCCCCGCCCCGUGCUGCACGCCGCGCCCGCCAUCUCCCGCCUGCAGCGCUUCAACUCGUACGACAUCAGCCGCGACACGCUCUACGUGUCCAAGUGCAUCUGCCUGAUCACGCCCAUGGCCUUCCCUCAGGCCUGCAGGAAGGUGCUGCAGCAGCUGCACCAGGCCGUCUCCUCGCCGCAGCCGCCGCCGCUCCCGCUGGAGAGCUACAUCUACAACAUCCUCUAUGAGGUGCCCCUGCCGCCCUCCGGGAGAUCCCUCAAGUUCUCAGGGGUGUACGGGCCCGUGGUGUGCCAGAGGCCCAGCACGUCGGAGCUGCCACUCUUUGACUUUGCCAUCAGGGAGAUGAUUAACCUUCUGGGGGUGGAGAACGUUCUCCAGCUGUUCACCUGUGCCCUGCUCGAGAUGCAGAUCCUGCUCUACUCACAGCAUUACCAGAGGCUGAUGACGGUGGCAGAGAGCAUCACAGCCUUAAUGUUCCCCUUCCAGUGGCAGCAUGUGUACGUUCCCAUUCUGCCCGCCUCCCUGCUCCACUUCCUGGACGCUCCGGUGCCGUAUCUGAUGGGCCUCCACUCCAACGGGCAGGAUGACCGCACCAAGCUAGAGCUGCCACAGGAGGCUAACUUGUGUUUCGUGGACAUCGACAACCACUUCAUUGAGCUGCCAGAAGAGUUGCCCCAGUUCCCCAACAAACUAGAGUUCAUUCAGGAGAUCUCCGAGGUGCUCAUGUCCUUCGGCGUGUCUCCAGAGGGAAAUAUCCAAUCCAGCGACAGCCAGGCCAAGUACCGGGGCUUCAGAUCCGUCGACAUGGUCUCUGACAAACGCAACGGCAACCUGGCGUCGCCGCUCAACUCCUUCCUGCUGCGGGAGAACGAGACCAUCGCCAGGCUGCAGGCGCUGGUCAAGAGGACCGGCGUCAGCCUGGAGAAGCUGGAGGUGAGAGAGGACGCCAGCAGUAAUAAAGACCCGCGGGUUCAGUGUGACGAGGAGGAGCUGAAGAUGCACCAGCUCAACAUCCACGUGCGCGAAGUCUUCGCCAACAGAUUCACGCAGAUGUUUGCAGACUACGAGGUGUUUGUCAUCCAGCCGAGCCAAGACAAAGAGUCCUGGUUCACCAACAGAGACCAGAUGCAGAACUUUGACAAGGCGUCCUUCCUGUCGGACCAGCCGGAGCCCUACCUGCCCUUCCUGUCUCGCUUCUUGGAGACGCAGAUGUUUGCGUCGUUCAUCGACAGUAAGAUCCUCUGUCACGAUGACGAGGAGAAGGAGCACACGCUGAGGGUGUUCGACUCCCGCGUGGACAAGAUCCGCAUGCUGAACGUCCGGACGCCCACACUGAGAACCUCCAUGUACCAGAAAUGCACCAACAUUGAAGAAGCAGAGAAAGCCAUCGAGAUGAGAGUGGUGAAGAUCGACCACACCGCCCUGCACCCCCACCUGCUGGACAUGAAGAUCGGCCAGGGGCGCUACGAGCAGGGCUUCUUCCCCCGGCUGACGUCUGACGUGCUCUCCACGGGGCCCACCAGCAACAAGUGGACCAAGAGGAGCGCUCCGGCCCAGUGGAGGAGGCGGGACCGACAGAAGCAGCACGCUGAGCACCUUUAUUUAGACAACGACCAGAGAGAGGUCAGAGGUCACCGCGCUGCUUCCUUCUCUCUGCUCAUUUUCACACAGAUUGACUCAGAGCUCUGUUGUCUUUGUUCAUUUUGCAUGACCUGUUUGCUUUAUUUUGACUCACCAUCUCGUCUGCUCUCCACCCUCCUCCCCUCACACUCCUCGCUCUCUUUCUCUCUCCUGCACUCACAUCACUCUCAGCAUGUAGAGUGUUUGUUUCCGGAGCUGCAGCUCCUGCUGUUUCUUGACUACUACUGGCUCUCGCAGUCCUUCAAGCCCUGUCUAAAGUCGGUGACUGUGGACGUGAAGUACAUCCAGGAAGCCAGGAACCUGGGCACCACCAUCAGACAGCCCAAACUGUCCAACCUGUCGCCGUCUGUCAUCGCUCAGACCAACUGGAAGUUUGUUGAAGGACUGCUGAAGGAGUGCAGGAACAAGACCAAGCGUAUGCUGGUGGAGAAGAUGGGUCGGGAGGCGGUGGAGCUGGGCCACGGCGAGGUCAGCAUCACUGGCGUGGAGGAGAACACUCUGAUCGCCAGCUUGUGCGACCUGCUGGAGAGGAUCUGGAGCCACGGGCUGCAGGUCAAACAGGGUAAAUCUGCGUUGUGGUCCCACCUGCUGCACUAUCAGGAGAGCAAGGAGAAGAAAAAUGCAACUCCAGGAGGUUUAGGGCCUCCAGGCUUCAUUCACGACACAGAGAGACGCAAAUCUGAUGGUGGUGUAUCAGCCAUGCCCCCCCUCAAGAUCUCCCUGAUCCAGGACAUGAGACACAUUCAGAACAUCAGUGAGAUCAAGACCGACGUGGGCAAAGCUCGGGCCUGGGUUCGCCUCUCCAUGGAGAAGAAGCUCCUGUCCAGACACCUGAAGCAGCUGCUUUCAGAGCACGAGCUAACAAAAAAACUGUACAAACGAUACGCGUUCCUCCGCUGUGAUGACGAGAAGGAGCAGUUCCUCUACCACCUCCUGUCCUUUAACGCUGUGGAUUAUUUCUGCUUCACCAACGUCUUCACCACCAUCAUGAUCCCCUACCACGUGGUGGUGGUUCCCAGUAAGAAGCUGGGAGGCUCCAUGUUCACAGCCAACCCCUGGGUGUGUGUGUCUGGUGAGCUGGCAGAGACCGGAGUCCUGCAGGUCCCCAGAAACACUCUGGAGAUCACUUUUGAGUGCCAGAACCUGGGUAAACUCACCACAGUACAGAUGGGUCACGAUAACACAGGGCUCUACGCAAAGUGGCUGGUGGAGUGUGUUGUGGUCCGGAACGAGAUCACAGGACACACUUACAAGUUUCCGUGUGGCCGGUGGCUGGGGAAGGGCGUGGAUGAUGGCAGUCUGGAGAGGAUCCUGGUGGGCGAGCUGAUGACGCCCAGCACGGAGAACGAUGAAAGGAUGUGCCGCACGCCCCCCAUGCAGCAGUCACCAGGCAUGAUGAGGAGGUUUGUUACCAUCUCGCCAAACAGCAAACCAAAGUUAAACACAGGUCAGAUCCAGGAGGGAGUGGGAGAGGCCAUCAAUGGGAUUGUGAAGCACUUCCACAAGCCGGAGAAGGAGAGAGGCAGUCUGACCCUUCUCCUCUGUGGGGAGUACGGCCUCGUCUGGGCUCUGGAGCAAGUUUUCCAGCACGGUUUCAAAUCACCCCGACUCUUUAAGAAUGUCUUCAUCUGGGACUUCUUGGAAAAGUCCCAAGUGUACUUUGAGAGUGCGGAGCAGCGAGAGGCGACUCCGGAUGAAAACUGGCAGACCAGAGUGCGCCACUUCUGCCGCUUCAUGCGCGCCAUCAACAACACGUCCAGGAACAUCGGCAAGGACGGGAAGUUCCAGAUGCUCGUCUGUCUGGGAGCAAGGGACCAUUUGCUGCAUCACUGGAUCGCGCUGCUGGCAGACUGUCCCAUCACCACGCAAAUGUACGAAGAAGUGGCCCUGAUGAAGGACCGCUCUCUGGUGAACUCUCUGAUCAGAGUGUUACAGACGCUGCAGGAGUUCAACAUCACUCUGGAGGCUUCGCUCGUCAAAGGUGUUGGUAUCUAGAAAUCAAACCAACUCGCCACCAGUUGAACCUAAACCAGGACGAUCACUGGGGACCACGAAAAAGAAUAACUGAACCUUUUAUAUGCAGGAAAAGACUUGAACAAAGGACAUUUUCUGGCUUAUAUUAAAGCUACUGUUACAUUUGCCAUAUAUCAAGUGCAAUGAGCCUUUCAAGAUAUGUUGUUAUUUUUAUCCUCGAUAAUGUUGCCAUUAGAUGUUAAAAAUAUGUUUUCUAUUAUGAAUCAUAAUUUUCACAUUAUCGACGACGACCUACUUGUGCUAUAAUGUUUUAUUGAAAGCUAAAUAUUUUCAUUGUUAUGGUGAACUGCUGACAAUGGCUAUAUUUAAGGGAAAGCAAGGAUCAAAACUGUUAAUAUAUUUUCAGAGAAAAACAGUAUUAUUUUGUUAAAUCGGUCAAGUUGCUUGCUCUGUUGUCAACUCAGAUUCCAUUGUCAUUACUCAGAGCUUAAAGCAAAUGAUGUAGAAGUAUGCUUUAUAAGUAUGUGUAUGACAGGGGGUUUGUGGUGUGGAAAACGGUUCACCUGCAUAGAAAUAAAACGGCUGUUACAUUUGGGCCUUUCCCUGUGAGAUGUACUAGUGUGCAGAUCUUUGACAUGGAAUACCUUCAGCAGAGAAAAUGAUCCUUCUUGCAUGAUUAUAAGACUGUGUGGCUUAACCCUGCAUCCAGUCAUGGACAGUGUAUUCAGUUGGAUAAAGGAAAACACCCCAAGUCUUUAGCUUGUGUUACAGACACAAGUCCUCCAAGAGAUGCUUGACCCAGCUUUCUGUGCAAAGUGGAUCACAAUGGAAGCCUUCAUGUAAAUACCUCCAACCAGCCCGUUCCCUUAUCAUCGUCUCAGCCCUUACACUACAUCUGCCCUCUUCUCUGAACAAAAACAGUGUGGUGAUCUGUGUCGACUCCUCGUGAUAAAGGAUGAUCUCCUGCUUCCCAUGUGAGGAGCAAAAAAGCACUCGGCUCUUUCCCGCUCCUGAUUUUGUCAUCAUGGUUUCUUGCUAUGCAAUACCCACAACAGAAAAAUUCAACCGCCCUACGAACUCCAAAACCGGGGUGUCUUGAGGUGUUACCGGGCCCUCCUCCGUUACAUACUCUGAACUUUACUGUGCAGAACAAGAGAUUUAAUAUGUGAAGGACUUCUUUUCUGUGCCAACAAUGUCUGGAAUGACUGUGUUGUACUCGUCCGUGUACGACCCACACAUGAGCAUCUUGGGAGAUAUAUAUUUUUGUUUUCCAAUACUGUUGUACAUUUAUUGACAUAGCUGUGUAAUGUA